AUGAAAACGGCGGGUGCGCGUGCGCGGCCUGAGCUGCCUCGACGGGCGCUGGGCGUGCGGGCGGGCGAAGCUCGGGGCGUGUCGGCCGAAAGCGCUCCGCCGGGGCGGGGCCCACGCCGCCCGUGGGCUCGGAAGAGCUGGGCCAGAAGUGCCGGCCAGGCCCCGCAGCCCUGCGUCCGGGCGCUCGCAGCCUCCUCCUCUUCCCUGCGCGAAAGCGGCGCUUCCUGCCCCGCCAAGGCGUCUGCGCGACCCUGGUCUCCCGGCGUGAGCGCGGAGCCCCGGAGGGCUUUUGAGCAGCGGGCAGCAGAGAGGCGCGCCGGGCUCCAGCCACGGCGAGGAGGCGGCGGUGGCGUUGGCGGCGCUGCAGGGGGCCCGUGGCUCGCCUCCUGCCUCCUCCCUCUGCCUGAAGCAGAGCCUGGCCGCGAGCGGCGCCUUCAAGGCUGCCCGCCCCUCGCUCCGGCCGGGCGGGGCGGCGGCUUCCGAGCCUCUCGCGCCGUGGCGGCGUCUAUGGGUCCGGGCGCGGCGGCGGCGGCGGUCUCCGUGCUGCGGGGCGCGGCUCGAGGGCCCGUGCCGGGCGCUGGGAGGCGCGCGGUGCGCGUGAGGUUCGCUCCCAGCCCCACAGGAUUUCUGCACCUGGGCGGCCUGCGGACUGCUUUGUACAACUAUGUUUUUGCCAAGAAACAUGAAGGCAGCUUUAUCCUGAGGCUAGAGGAUACAGACCAAAGCCGUGUGGUGCCUGGAGCUGCAGAAGACAUAGAAAACAUGCUGGAAUGGGCAGGCAUCCCGCCUGAUGAGAGUCCUCGCCAAGGUGGUCCCGCUGCCCCGUACCGACAGUCUCAGCGCCUCAACCUGUAUAGGGAAGCCGUAGAAUUGCUUCUCGAGAGGGGUUCUGCUUACCCGUGUUUUUGCACCCCUCAGCGUCUGGAGCUGCUGAAGAAGGAAGCGCUGCGGAGCCAGCAGCCGCCACGGUAUGACAACCGGUGUCGUCAUCUGAGCCCCACACAGGUGGCUGAGAAAGUAUCUCAAGGUACCGACCAUGUGGUGCGUUUUCGCCUGGCGGAGAGUUCUGAGCCAUUUUGUGAUCUGAUCUACGGCUGGAAGAGGCACGUGGUGGCCAGUGUGGAAGGUGAUCCGGUAAUCUUGAAGAGUGAUGGGUUUCCCACAUACCACCUGGCGAACGUGGUAGAUGACCAUGUGAUGGGGAUCAGCCACGUCCUGCGUGGAGCUGAGUGGCUCAUCUCCACCCCCAAGCACCUCCUACUCUACAGGGCCUUUGGCUGGGAGCCGCCUUGUUUUGGCCACCUCCCUUUGCUCCUGAACAAAGAUGGCAGCAAGCUGUCCAAGAGGCAGGGGGACACCUUCGUGAAGCAGAUUGCUCAGGAGGGCUUUUUGCCAGAAGCCCUGCUGGACCUCGUCACCCACUGCGGCUCUGGGUUUGCAGAGAAUCGGAUGGGGAGAACGCUGAAGGAGCUGGUUGAGGAAUUUGAUGUGGGCGGAAUCGAAAGGCACUCGGCCCUGCUGGAUCUUGAGAAACUUGCUGAGUUCAACAGGAUCCACCUGUCCCAGCGGAUUGGGGAGGAGAGGCUGCGGCAGAAGCUGGUGGAAGAGCUGCGAGACACUGUGGAGCAGGCCUUUGGGGAGCAGCUUGUGGACAGAGAGGUCCUCGAGGCGGAGUAUGUGCAGCAAGUGCUCUUGUUGAGAAGAGGUCACAUAAGCCGUCUGAAAGAGUUGGUGUCUCCUAAAUAUGCUUUCUUGUGGAUCCGGCCCUCUGUGCCUCACGAGGAGCUGCAGACGAUUUCAGCCAAGGCAGAUGAGAUAGGAAGGAAAGUCCUUGGGUUGCUGGCGCAGCAGGCGGCUGCUCCAAUCCCUGAGGAGCUGAGCAAAGAGCUGAAGCAGCUGCAGGGGCAGAUAAGCGGCACCCAGUACAGCCACAUGAUGAAGCUUCUCCGCCUGGCCCUCAGCGGUCAGCAGGAAGGACCCAGCGUCGCUGAAAUGAUGGUCUCCUUGGGACCCCGGGAGGCCAGCGCUCGGAUACAGAGGGCAUUGUGCAGCUAGCCUGUUUUCCGGAGGAAAGAGACAAAGCGACGGACCGACCGACUGACCAACAAUCCACAGCUUUGGAUGGAGAUGCGUCUUUUGUAUGACCACUAUUUCAGAGAGAUGGAACUUUAUACAAUCUCCAUUAAGGAAAGAAUUCCACAACACUUAGAAAACACAGAGUGCAACACGUCCCACCAAAAGCGACAAUGUUUAAAAACGUGCUCCGUAGUUUCAUAGAUCAGUGCUAGCCUGCCAUUGACCGUAACACAGCUGUUGAGGCUGAUUCAAAUUUUGUGUAACGUGGCGUUAAUUACAAAAGUGAAAUAGUG